AUGAAGAUAUUGUUCUUUCUCUUUGCUCUUCUCUUGUCUCUGGUUCCAGCCAAGAAUGCAUUUCUUGAUGAGAAAUGCAGUAGGCUUGAUGGGAGAUGCAAGGCUUCUUGUCAGAAAAAUGAAGAACUUGUUGCUUUCUGCCAGAAGUUUUUGAAAUGCUGUGUGACACUUGAGCCAUGUGGAUGGAAUAAAACCCAUGAUUUACUUGAAGACUAG